UUAACCAGAAAUUUCCGGCUAAUAAUCACGUGGUCACAUCUAUAAAUUUUCGGAGCAUGAAGAUCCCCGGGAGGAAAAAAGAGAAUAAUUUUCUGAAAGAAAGAUAAGGGGAUUGUCCGUUGAGAUUGGUGUUAAUAUCGGGGUGUAAAGAGAGAGAGAGAGGGAAGGAAAGGAAGUUUUUCCUGGAGAAGGGAAUAAAAUGCUUAAAUGCACGAGGCCGUUGCGUUUGGUUGUUGAAAUUUCUUCAUUUUUCAGAUUCCUGGAUCGUCUUGUUUCGUGUUCCCUCUCUUCUUGUUUAGGGUUUUUUUCGUAUUGAUUCUUGAAGAGGUUCAGAUUCUGUGAAGCAAUCGGCUAAAAAUAUCGGCCUGGUGCAUCUGCUUCAGAUUCAAUUCUGGAUUCAGUUUUCUUCACUGCGGCACUGUCUGAUUCACUUAAUUGCAACUUUUGUGCCUGAGACUCUAUGAAAGUUGAGGUUCAAUGAAGCGGCAAUGACGAUUGCAGUGGGAAUAUGGAUGGUAGAUCGGAGGGUAUGCAGGUGAAGUACGACAAGCUUCCGGCUCCUGUGAUUCCGAGGACCCGUUUGCGGAUUUGGUUCAUUCGCGUCUGCUCAAGCAUUGUGCUUUGGACAUGUCUGGUUCAGCUAGUGACAGUUACUGAACUAUGGAAUUCACAUUUUAUUUCUGGGAUUACUAGUCGAAUACAUAACACAGCUCAAGUUCAGAUUCCUUCCCAAGCAGAAAAUGUGAUAGUUCAUUCUCCUCCCCCUCUUCUCCCCGCAAGAAAUUAUAAAAGUAAUGGUUUCUUGAGAGUAUCCUGCAAUGGGGGUUUGAAUCAAAUGCGUGCAGCGAUCUGCGAUAUGGUCACUGUUGCUCGAUUUUUGAAUCUCACAUUGGUUGUUCCAGAGCUUGAUAAGACAUCCUUCUGGGCAGAUCCUAGUAAUUUUGAGGACAUAUUUGAUGUGAGACAUUUCAUUGAUUCUCUAAGAGAUGAAGUUCGAAUAGUAAAAAGAGUGCCCAAAAGGUUUGGUAAAAAAUAUGGCAAUACCACCCUCGAGAUGCCUCCUGUUAGCUGGUCAAACGAAAAAUAUUACUUGGAACAGAUUCUGCCACUUCUUGGGAAGCAUAAGGUGUUACAUUUUAACAAAACAGAUGCUCGACUAGCAAACAAUGGUCUCCCACUUGAUCUACAGAGGCUUAGGUGUCGUGUCAAUUUCCAGGCCCUCAAAUUCACUCCUCAAAUUGAGAGCUUAGGGCGCAAAUUGAUUAGGAUGCUUCAAGAGAGAGGACCUUUUGUGGCUCUGCAUCUGAGAUAUGAGAUGGACAUGUUGGCUUUCUCAGGCUGUACUCAUGGUUGCACUGAAGAAGAAGCUGAAGAACUCAAGCGGAUGAGGUAUGCUUUCCCUUGGUGGAGGGAGAAGGAGAUAGUGUCUGAAGAGAGGAGAUUAGAGGGUCUCUGUCCUUUGACGCCGGAGGAGGUGGCCCUAGUUUUGGAAGCUUUGGGUAUUGGCAAUGACUCGCAGAUCUAUAUUGCAGCUGGUGAUAUUUAUGGCAGUGAACGUAGACUUGCACAACUGAGAGCUUCAUUUCCACGAAUCGUGAAAAAGGAAACUUUGCUAGAUCGUGAUGAAUUGCGGCAGUUCCAGAAUCAUUCAUCACAGAUGGCAGCUCUGGAUUUUAUGGUUUCGGUAGCUAGCAAUACCUUUAUUCCUACCUAUUAUGGUAACAUGGCAAAACUCGUGGAAGGUCAUCGCAGGUAUUCGGGUUUCAAAAAAACCAUCCUAUUGGAUCGGAAAAAGCUCGUAGGAUUGAUUGAUAUGCAUCAUAAUGGCACACUUCCAUGGAAUGAGUUUGUCAGCGCUGUCCGACAAGCUCACGAGACGAGGAUGGGACAACCGAUUCGCCGUGUAGUUAUUCCAGACAAGCCAAAGGAGGAAGACUACUUCUACGCGAACCCUCAAGAGUGUCUAUGUGGGGGAACAAAUUGUGAUGACUUGCUAGGUCCUCAUAACUCCACUAAUGAAGUGCCAUUGGUAAGGGCUAUGAAAUCUAGAAAAAUACCAUUCAUCCCAACCAACAGUAAGAGGAAUCUCAGAACUGCAGCAUUCCUUUGAAAGUUUUUUAGAUGCUGAGUUGAGGAAUCUGGAUCACUGGCUUCAAUGCUCAGGUUCAUAUACACGAGUUUUGUAGGAAAACGGAAGGAAGGGAGAAUGAAAGAAAGAAAGAAGUAAAAAAAAGAAAAAAGGUUGGAGCUUAAGGCUUCGGAGGCCAAAAAAAAAAAAAAAAGGUCGGAGCUCAAGGCUUCGAGAAAGGUUUUCAUUCUUAUUGAUUAAUUUUUUUUUUCUUUUCCCAAUCAAUGUGUUUAGUAUAGUGUCAUACCAGUUUCAAUUGCAAUCUCAGACUCACUGAAUUUUGAAAGCUUGUUCUGGUUGCCAGCAGAAAUGGUAAUUGUUUUAUAACAGGAACACAAGCGUGAUGCCUAGUGUUUCCUCC